AUGUCCGUCCUCUCCUCCCCCCUCCCACUCGCCUGGUCCACCCCGCUCUCGUUCUCUCCCUCGUCUUCCGCGGGGAGAGGGGCAGUGAGGAAGAAACGGCGCUCGGCGUCGAGGCCGGGCCUGGUGGAGAAGAGGGAAUCCUCCUCUUCCACCAGCAGCUCAUCUUCCUCCUCCCUCGACACGCCCGACGAACCCCUCACGCCCCCCUCGGAUUCUCCCUCUCCCUUCCUCGCCUCCUCCUCUCACUCGCCCUUCUUCUCAUCCUCCACAAAAUCGCCAACCGCAUUCCUCGAGUACGCACUCGACUCCUCUGCCCUCCCGCGUGUGUCGAAGGACGUGAAGGGGAGGAGGGGGAGGAGGGCGCGGUCGCUUUCCCCGCCUUCUUCUUCCGGCUCCUGGACUAGGGACAGGGAAGUGAUGGCUUGGAGGACGAGGACGGGGACGAAGCAGGAGGGUGUCAGAAGAAGCGAGAAGGGAAGGCAAAGGACGAGGUUGCCCGAGGGAUGGGAACAUAUCCCCUGGAUCACCUCUUCGUCGUCCUCCGAUGACGACGACCUGCUUCUCGAAUGGACGACUCCGAGGGGUAGAAGCAGAAGCGGAAAGGAGGGAGAGGAAGAUGAAGAUCGACCCCCGAGUCCGCCCAAGACUCCUUCGCCGCGCCUUUUCGAGAGGGGGCCGAUACUCGACGUCCCGCUUCGACCUUCUCCCCUUCCGACGUCGUCGUCCGCGAUCUCGACAAGGCGAAGGUCGGUGACGAGGUCCGACCUUCCAUCCCUCCGCUUCCAACUCUCCCCUUCGCCGCCUCGCUCGUCCGCAAAAUCAACGACGAAAACUGGGGGGAAGAGUCGUUCGGCGCCGACGAGUCCGACCAAGCCGCGCUGCGAGAUUGUCGAGCUUUCGACAACGGGUGAAGGGGAGGGGGAGGGCGAGGAGCGGAGGAGGAGGCGGAAGAGUUUGAGGGAGAAGGAGGGGAGUGGGAGGAGGAGGGCUAGGGAAGAGCGGGUGGAAGGGAGGGAGGACGAUCAGAGGGAGGAGUUUGGCGCGUACGAGGUUCCGACUGAAGCCCCCGGACUGGGGAUCACCAUUCCCUCUCCCUCGACCGACGGGACCUUCGCAACCCGCCCCUCCUCUUCUUCUUCCUCCUGCCACCCCUCGCUCUCACCCUCCUGUUCCUGCGACUCGACCGACUCCUCCGACUCCUCCCCCGACGCAUCAACCAUCGACCACUUCCACCUACACUUCCAAUCCCUCCCCCUCCUCCGGCUGCGUCACGCCCUCUCGCUCGCCUCCACACUCGCCUCCCUCCCUUCCACCUCCCUCUCCUCUCAGCGCCACCUCUCCACCCCGCGUCCUUCGCACUUCACGCGCACCUCGAUCUUAGGGUCGGAACAAUACAGGCUUUAUGCGAUGGGACGCGCGAAAGCGGAGAGGACGGGUGGAGUCGGGUAUUGGGAGGGCGGGAGGGAGGUUUGGGCUGCGGUGUUGGAGAGUUGA